UUUAACUCCUUAUUUUUAUUUCCCAAAUAAUAAAAGUGUGUACAUCAUGCAGUUUCAGUUGUUCACAAAGAAUGUGGUAAAACAAUAAUAAGAAAAUUGAGUGGGGUCUCUUGCUAACUCCUCCUCAUCCAUACAUGAACAUGAUCUCAAAAAUCUCAUCAUCCACCAUACAAGCAAAAGAUAAGAUUUUCUUCAAGAAACAAAACACUCUCCACCCACACACACAUCCAUUGUUGAACAACCAACCAUGUCUUGCUCCAAUCUAACAAUGUGGGUGUCUUCUUCAAAACCCUCACUUGAUUCAUCAUCACCCCUUUCUUUCAGAUCAUUCAUCACCCCAUCUCCAAUUCCCACUUCAAACCCAUCAAACUCCAACUAUGGGAUUUCAAAAUCUUCUUCUUCAAUCCAUUGCAGCCUCCGGGAUCUUCGAACCCGUAUCGAUUCAGUUAAGAACACACAGAAGAUCACAGAAGCAAUGAAGCUUGUGGCAGCUGCAAAAGUCAGAAGAGCUCAAGAAGCUGUUGUCAAUGCAAGACCCUUUUCCGAAACUUUGGUUGAAGUUCUUUACAGCAUCAAUGAGCAGCUUCAAACCGAAGAUGUUGAUGUCCCCUUGACCAAUAUUCGACCGGUGAAGAAGGUCGCGCUUGUGGUGGUCACCGGAGACCGUGGUCUCUGCGGUGGGUUCAAUAACUUUAUCUUGAAAAAAGCCGAAGCAAGAAUCAAGGAACUCAAGACUCUUGGUCUUGAUUAUGUUGUCAUCAGUGUGGGUAAAAAGGGUAAUUCGUAUUUCCUCCGGCGACCGUACAUUCCGGUGGAUAAGUUUCUUGACGGAAGCAAUCUUCCGACUGCGAAAGAAGCUCAGGCGAUUGCAGACGAUGUGUUUUCGCUGUUUGUAAGUGAAGAAGUGGAUAAAGUGGAACUUUUGUACACAAAGUUUGUGUCUUUAGUGAAAUCUGAUCCUGUGAUUCAUACUUUACUUCCAUUGUCACCAAAAGGAGAGAUUUGUGACAUCAACGGAGUCUGUGUUGAUGCUGCUGAAGACGAGUUCUUUAGGUUGACUACUAAAGAGGGGAAGUUGACCGUGGAACGAGAUGUGGUUAGGGCCGAUACAAUGGACUUUUCACCGAUCUUGCAGUUCGAACAAGACCCGGUUCAGAUUCUUGAUGCUUUGUUGCCGUUGUAUCUGAACAGUCAGAUAUUGAGGGCUUUGCAGGAGUCAUUGGCAAGUGAGCUUGCUGCAAGAAUGACUGCAAUGGGGAAUGCAACGGAUAACGCUUCAGAGUUGAAGAAGAACUUGUCUCGGGUUUACAAUCGACAGCGCCAGGCCAAGAUUACAGGAGAGAUUUUGGAAAUUGUUGCUGGUGCUGAUGCGUUAGCUUGAUCAUCGUGGGAAAAACAGGUGGAGGAUGUCAUAUUUUUUUUGGAAUUAGUUGUUCCCUCCAAACAAAUCGAAUUGAUGUACUUGAAUAUAUAAUAUAUAUACACAUAUAUAUGUGUGAAUAUGAAUAAAUUUCAAUGCUUUAUCUUCUAA